GAUGCCACCUCGUCCUAUGGCAUAGGCCAGGACAUUAUCUACGGUCUCACUCGAUGUCGAGGGGACAUUAGCCGUGAGACAUGCUUGCCUUGCAUCUUAGAAGCGGCAGAUAAGAUCCGAACAAUAUGUCCAUUUUCAGCUGAAGCACGAAUUUGGUACGAAUAUUGCUUUAUUCACUACGAUUCCAAAAACUUCCUCGGACAAUCUGAUACGAGCUAUACCAAUAGUUGGUCUUCAUCUCCUAUAACAACGGAUCCUGCAGACUUCAAUCAAGCAGUGGAGGGGCUAAUGGGAGAGGUGAAAGUAGCGGCCGCAACAAGGGAUGACAAAUUUGGACGAGGUGAGAGAAAUAUUUUGAAGAGCAACAUGACUAUCUAUGGAAUGGCACAAUGCACGCGUGACCUUCAAGAAUCAGCAUGCAGCCAAUGCUUAGAGAAGGCAUCAGAGACUAUAUUUGGGUCCUGCAAAAGCCGGUUGGGUUGCUAUGUGAUCAAUACCAGUUGUGUGAUGAGAUACGAGAUUUAUGAUUUCCUCGUUGGCCCUAUAGCCCCAAGUCCCAUUGCAUAUGCACCUACUUCUCCCUAAGUUGUCCAUCGUUAAUUAUAUAAGUUAUUUAUGUGUUCUUAAGUUUAAGUAAACCUUCUCUUUUUGUGUGUGUCAUGUUAAUUAGUCAUUCGAUAUGUCUUAACUGAUCAA